AUGAUUCAAAGGGUGCAGAGGGUGUCUACCGUUUACCUCAAUCGUACCCUUUUUGGUGGCGAACAGAGAAGAGUAUCGCUGGCCGUAGCCAUUGUCCACAGCCCGCCAUUCCUUAUACUCGAUGAGCCGACGCCUUACUUUCUAAACUAUGCUUCAAUACCCUAUUGUAAAGAUUACUGUCCGGCAGAUCAGCAACACAUUCAACAGUUACCCAAAAUUAUAUGCACUUAUGAAUAUCUAUCGCCAGUUGUGGUGAUCAGAGACGCAAAGCUCAUAAACGAGGUUUUGGUGAAAAAGUUUGACUACUUUUCUGAACGCAAAAGAUGUAUAGGAAGGGGUAAAGUGUUGGGCGAUAGUAUGUUAUGGAGUGAUGGCGUGAAUGAAUGGCCAAAACACUCAUCAGUGGUGCGGAAAGCGUUUUGCCCGAAGAAUAUGCUGGAAAUGAGUAAACAUUUCUGGAAAACCAAUUACGAGUUCACGGAUCUUAUAAACCAAAUCCUAAAUUACGAACAGUUUUUGGAUUUAAAAGUUUUCUUAAAUAUGUUUGCAAUGAAAGCGUAUGUGAAUUGUUGUUUCGGCGGCGCUAUUGACCAGAAAUUACAGAAACAACUGAUCGACGCUUUGAAUAAAUUCAUGACGACUAACGAAAUGGACACAAGAGUUGGCAAAUUGUCCGCAAGAAUUAAACAGCUUUUGAAUGUCAAGACCGUCGACGACAGGGCGUUAUACAGAAACAACUGA